UCUAGAUGAAGGUCGGAAUUUGAGUAGACUUACCUGCUUUAACGCACGUUCAACCACCUCGUUUUUAACAAAUUCCAUUCUGCGUCGUGCGCGACAGAAACUUGCCUGCCACCAUAUCAACCUCGCAUAACUUGACCGCCCGCGAUGUCGACAGGCAUGGAUCAACGCGAGCUUGAAUCCUGCAUCAAGCAGCUCAACAAAAUCGUCCAGGCGAACGAGCCCCCUACGACUGCCCUUGCUCUCCUUGAGCGGCUGAAAAAGGAAGCCGCCCCUACGGAGGAGAUGCUCAGGUCCAGUAGAGCUGGUGUCUUUGUCGGCAAGCUUCGAUCGAACUCGAACAAGGACAUCGCCCGAGCAGCUACCGAACUUGUCCACAAAUGGAAGAAGCUCGUCGAGGCCGAGAAGCAGGGCAAGAUCAAGAAGCAGUCGUCCCCCGCGGCUCCGUCUCCGACCCAGGCCUCCGCACCAAAGCCCUCCUCGUCAAACGCGAUGAACCAACCCUUCAAGGGCAAUCCAGAGCUCCGUCGUGCCAAGACCGAUGGCUGUGACACCAAGCGUACCGGUGACGAAACGCGCGAUUCCUGCAUUGAGCUGAUCUACAACGGUCUCGCUUACCGAUCUACCGCCCCCAUUAACGAUGUUCUUACAAAGGCCGUCGCCGUGGAGUAUGCUGCAUACACCCACUUUAAGGGUGUCACCAAGGAGUACCGUGAGAAGCUGCGCUCCUUGUUCAGCAAUCUCAAGGUCAAGAGCAACCGUCAGCUGGGUGUCAACGUCAUGGAGGGGAAGAUUGCCCCGGAGCGGUUCGUGGUCAUGACCCAUGAGGAGCUCAAGUCGGAUGAGCAACGGAAGAAGGAGGACGCCCUUCAACAAGAGAACAUGAAGAAGGCCCAGGUCCCCAUGGCCGAGAAGAGCAUCAGCGAUGCUCUCAAGUGUGGCAAAUGCGGUCAGAAGAAGGUUAGCUACAGCCAGGCGCAGACGCGCAGUGCUGAUGAACCGAUGACGACAUUCUGCGAGUGUACUGUCUGCGGGAAUCGCUGGAAGUUCUCUUGAGCGCGCGAUUCCAUGGAGGGGAGGUUCUCACUUGUUUUCGACCGACGGCGUGAUUUUUCGCUUAUACCUGAGGCACGGGAUGGUCUUGCAUUUGGCACUCGACAGUGGUGCGGUUUUGGUUGGUACGGAGUUGGGGAUGAGGAAAGGGCCUCUUUUUGCUCCUUUUAAACUAUUCUUUUUUGGC